UAUGAAACUCAUCAAGAAACUACACCAUCCCAAAAAGGAAACCAAACCAUUGUGAACCACAUUCUCCCAAAGAAUGUUUCACUCAUUACUUAUCAUUUCCCUCCUCUUCUCUCUUUGCAAUGCAGCUGUCCAAGACUUCUGCGUUGCCGAUCUGAAAGGUCCACAAGGGCCAGCAGGUUACUCCUGCAAGAGCGCUGGUGUCGUCACUGCAGACGACUUCGUGUAUUCAGGCUUAAGUGGUGCUGGAAACAUAUCAAGUCUAAUCAAAGCUGCAGUCACCCCAGCAUUUGUGGAGCAGUAUCCAGGUGUGAAUGGCCUUGGUCUCUCAGCCGCUCGGUUAGACUUGGCACCGGGUGGUGUUAUACCACUCCACACCCACCCAGGAGCUUCAGAAUUGCUACUUGUGACCCAGGGUAUCAUUCAGGCUGGUUUUAUCUCUUCUGCUAAUGCUGUCUAUGUGAAGACUCUGAAAAAGGGAGACCUCAUGAUAUUCCCACAAGGAUUGCUACAUUUUCAGAUUAAUGGUGGUGGCGUAACUGCGGUUGGUUUUCCUAUAUUUAGUAGCCCAAGCCCUGGUCUCCAAAUCCUUGACUUUGCACUAUUUGCCAACGACCUGAGUACUGAUUUGGUGUCCAAGACCACUUUCCUGGAUCCAGCUCUGAUCAAGAAGUUAAAGGCUGUUCUUGGUGGGAGUGGUUAGAAUUGCCCAGCCAUGUGUUUGCUUUAGCCAUUCUGCAUUUCCAAGUAACGAAAUGGAUUGAUGUUCUUUUUUUCCUUUGCUAUUUGUUCAUUGAUGCCAUUUAAAUUCGUUGACUAGCUGUGUGUUCCCCUCUCCUCCUCUAUUGUCGACAUUCAUGGGCUUGAUUUUCUUUUGAGAAGAUAUCAGUUUCAUCCA